AAGAAUGGGUAAGAUCUCGCUGUAUGGCCUGGAUGCCAGUCCGCCCACCAGGGCUUGCUUGCUCACCCUGAAGGCCCUGGAGCUGCCCUACGAGUACCUGUUCGUCAAUCUGUUCGAGAAGGAAAACUACGGCCAGGAGUACUCGAUGAAAAAUCCGCAGCACACGGUGCCACUGUUGCAGGACGACGAUGCCUACAUCUGGGAUUCGCAUGCCAUUAUGGCCUAUCUGGUAGAGAAGUAUGCGUCCAGCGACGAUCUGUAUCCCAAGGAUCUGCUCCAGAGAGCCAAAGUUGAUCAGUUGAUGCAUUUCGAGUCGGGUGUGGUUUUCGAAGCCGCUCUAAGGAGACUUACGCGUCCGGUGCUCUUCAACGGCGAAGCCACAUUACCCCAAAAGCAGGUUGAUCACGUUACUCAGGUCUACGACUUUGUGGAGGCUUUCCUGGAGCAUGAUUACCUGGCCGGUGACCAACUGACUAUAGCCGACUUCAGCCUGGUCUCAACCAUCACCUCGAUUGGAGUUUUUCUGGAGCUGGAUCUGGCCAAGUAUCCGAAGAUAGCCGCCUGGUUGGAACGACUCAAGGAGCUGCCCUACUACGAGGAGGCCAACGGCAAGGGAGCCGCCCAAUUUGUGGAGCUCUUGAGAUCUAAGAACUUUACAGUUGUUCCGUGAAAUAUAACUAAAUGAAAAAAGUUAUCAUUAUUAUUUUUAUUUAUUGGAUACCUCGAAAUCCACAAAACAUUAACGAAUUUAUAAAGAAAACUUUAAAGUAGAGCCAUUAUUUCCCAAAUGUCACAAUAUUUCUAGCUGAGUUUUUAAUAAAUUGGCAAAAGCACUCCCUUAUAUUGAACAUUUUUUGCCUGCUUUUGAGCCAGAAGUAAGUAUCUGCAUAAUAUGAAUAGAUAAGGAAUAAUCUGCUUCAUUUCUAGCUGUCAGACCUGUUCAGCUUC